CUGCGAACCGCUGACAGCACCUUCGAGAUUCGCCCUGACGGCAGUCGCUGCUUCGCGGAUCACCAUCGACAGCCUUCUGGAGGCUUCAUGACAUGUCGUACACAUUGGUAAUGGCGGUUUCCCGCGUAAUCAAGAUGCUUCCUGGAGUUGCGAUUGUCCAUACCGGCUGGGUAUUUAAGCCUUGCGAUUUCCCAGUUCCUUGAGCCUCUCCUUCAGCAGAAAAACAUCAGCUUCGCAUCACAAGAUCUCAAGCACUCAGAGCUUUCUCAGACUCCUCAAACAACGCGCCCACACUCAAUACCAUCACUCUUCCAACCUAACUUGCACAUCAAGUCAUCAUGAUGUCCCUGUUCCCCAGCUCGUACUGCGCGCCAGCCGACUCCGGCUUCGCCCCCCUCUUCCGCCUGCUCGAGGACUACGACAACUACUCGCGGGACGUCCAGACCACUCGUCCUCAACAACCCAAGCAUGCGCGGCGCCAGCCGGCCACCUUCCACCCCAAGUUUGACGUCCGCGAGACCGAGAACGCCUACGAGCUGCACGGCGAGCUCCCGGGCCUCGAGCGCGAGAACGUGAGCAUCGAGUUCAGCGACGUGCAGACGCUCGUCAUCCGCGGCCGUGUUGAGCGCAGCUACGGCCCCGAUUCCUCAUCCAACAACAACAAGGCCAACAACAACAACAACAACACUGGCACAGCCGAAGCCGAGAAGCCGCAGACUCGCCGCAACUCGCACCAAGCAACAGUCGAGGACGACCCGGAGGAGAGCAGCACCCGCGCCUCGACUCCCGCCAUCACCCCGGAGGUGGAACCCGCCAAGCCUGUGUCCAGGUCUGAGGUGAUCAAGCCUGCUCAAGACGAGGCUACCAGUACCAAGUACUGGCUCUGGGAGCGGUCUGUGGGCGAGUUCUCGCGCUCCUUCAGCUUCCCCGCGCGCGUCGACCACGACGGCGUCGCCGCGAGCUUGAACAACGGCAUCCUCAGCGUCACGGUGCCGAAGUCGAAGAAGCCUGUUACGCGGAGGAUCGAGAUCGCUUAGAUGGGAGAUGAUGGGUUUUUUUCGGGCAGUUAACUACAUGGGGGAUAUGAUUGGGAACGGGUUGCAAUGAGCUAUGUCUUCACCUUACCUGAUUAAUGAACCGGAUCACACUGGGUUUCAUUCGUGCAUCGGGCAUUGGGAAGUAGGCGGGGAUUCCGGGUAUCUGGGUCUGGGUCUGGGUGCUAGCAUUAUGCAGGUUACGGAGCUCACCAUAGAGAGGGGGAAUCAAUUCCAUUUUCUUGUAAAA